CCCUCUCUCUCUCUCUCUCAUAAAUUCUUCCUGAAACUUCCCCUGUUUUAGUUUCACAAACAAAGAGAAUUUCAGAAGACACACUUUUUGACCUGAAACAAAAUGGCAUCUUCUUCUUCUUCUUGCAACACCAUUUUUUUGGGUUUUUUCGUAUAUCUGUCUCUCACACACCUUACAACCUUCAUUUCUGCUAAUAAGGUGUAUGUUGUGUACAUGGGUAGCUCCGACAACCAAGACCCGGAUCAGAUUUUGACCCGAAACCAUCAAAUCCUCACUUCUGUUCAUAGCGAAAGUGUUGAAGAAGCUAAGGCUUCUCACUUGUAUAGUUAUAAACAUGGGUUUAAAGGGUUUGCGGCUAAGUUAAAUGACGAUCAAGCCCUUCAAAUUUCGAAGAUGGAAGAUGUGAUAUCGGUGUUUGAGAAUAAAAAGAGGAAGCUACACACAACACAUUCAUGGGAUUUCAUUGGUCUUGGAGAAGAAGAAACCAUGGAAAUCCCGGGAUUUUCCACAAAGGAGCAAGUUGAUGUCAUCAUUGGUUUCAUUGAUACAGGAAUUUGGCCGGAAUCCCCAAGUUUUGGCGAUUCCGACAUGCCCCCUGUGCCACCGGAAUGGAAAGGAAUAUGCCAAUCUGGGGAAGCAUUCAACGCUACAAAUUGCAACAGGAAAUUAAUAGGAGCAAGAUACUACCACAUGGGCUACGAAGCCGAACAACAACAACAACAACACAACAAAUUAAACCAAAAACAUCUCGAAAACACAGACGACCCAAAAAAGAAACUAUCAUUCAGGUCACCAAGAGACAGCAAUGGUCACGGGACCCACACCGCCUCCACCGCCGCCGGCCGCUACGUGGCCAUGUCCUACAACGGCCUGGCCGGCGGCGGAGCCAGAGGCGGUGCGCCCAUGGCCAGGAUUGCUGUCUACAAAACAUGUUGGGAUUCCGGUUGUUACGAUGCCGACAUUUUAGCAGCUUUUGAUGAUGCAGUUAGAGAUGGGGUCCACAUUGUGUCAUUGUCAUUAGGUCCCGAUGCACCUCAAGGGGAUUAUGUCAGUGAUGCGAUUUCCAUCGGAUCUUACCAUGCGGUUAGCCGUGGGAUUACGGUUGUUUCUUCUGUUGGGAAUGAAGGGGGAAAAGGGUCGGCUACUAAUUUAGCUCCUUGGUUAAUUACCGUUGCUGCUAGCUCCACUGAUAGAGAGUUCACUUCUAAAUUACAAAUGGGAAAUGGUGUUACUUUAAAGGGGGAGAGUCUUGGUGUGUAUGAAAUGAAGGCACCUGCGAGGAUCAUAUCGGCUUCAAUAGCAAAUAGGGGUUUCUUCACCCCUUACCAAUCCAGCUAUUGCUUAGAAAGCUCAUUAAACCACACAAAGACUAAAGGAAAGGUGUUGUUAUGUCGACACACGGAAAGGUCAACAGAGUCAAAGCUGGCAAAGGGCGAAGUGGUAAAAGCAGCGGGUGGGGUAGGAAUGAUCCUCAUAGAUGAAUCUGACAAAGAUGUUGCAAUUCCAUUUAAAUUCCCAGCUGCUAUUGUUGGAAAAAGAAUGGGAAACAGAAUUCUAUCCUACAUUAAUAACACACGCAAGGCGACAACAAGGAUUUUCGCAUCAAAGGCUAAAAUAGGAUCACAACCUGCCCCUCGUGUAGCGUCAUUCUCUUCUAAAGGUCCUAACGCUCUAACCCCAGAAAUUUUGAAGCCUGAUGUUACAGCUCCAGGGUUAAAUAUCCUUGCAGCAUGGUCACCUGCAAUUGGAAAAAUGAAAUUUAAUAUUUUAUCAGGAACUUCCAUGGCGUGUCCACAUGUAACUGGAAUUGUAGCUUUGAUCAAAGCCGUUCAUCCUUCAUGGUCUCCAUCCGCUAUCAAAUCUGCAAUCAUGACUACAGCUACAGUAUUUGACAAGAAAGGAAACCCGAUAAGAGUUGACCCGGAAUCAAGAAGAGGGAACGCCUUUGACUAUGGAUCGGGUUUUCUUGACCCGACAGCUGUCCUUGAUCCUGGCCUUGUAUACGAUUCAAAUCCCACAGAUUACAAAUCGUUUCUCUGCUCAAUUGGUUACAAUCAAAAAAUGCUUCACACAAUAACGAGAGACAACACUACGUGUAAAAGUAAACCAUUUUCAAAUCACCCCUCGAGCCUCAAUUACCCUGCAAUUUUAGUACCCAAUUUAAAGUCAACGUUUUCAGUGACAAGAACGUUGACCAAUGUUAGAAACCUAAAACAGAAAAUGAGUUACAGUUAUAGAGCAGUGGUGUCGACCCCACUUGGGAUUGAAGUCGAUGUGCACCCGAGAAGAUUGGUCUUCAAUAGAUAUGGUCAGAAAAUGAACUUCACUGUAACUUUCAGGAAAAAUUCUGCACCUUCUCAAGGUUAUGUGUUUGGUUAUUUGCAAUGGAAGAAUAGAAAGACACGUGUUACUACACCUUUGGUUGUUCGAGUUGUGCCUUCUAACUUGGGGGUAGUUGUGUAAUUAGGAUUGAAAAAAGAUUUAGGUUACAAGAGUUUGUGGUAGUGGGUAAUGGGUAUACGAAUAUGUUUUCUUUAUUCUGUUUUGUUUUGUGCAGUUUUUUUUUAGAACAUAUGGUUGGUUUUGGUUAUGUAUCUAUUGACACAAAAAACAUUGUAAAUGCUGC